AUGUCGGCCACACAGCUCCAGGUCGUAGAUGGCAUAGCGUUAACACAGAUCUUCAACGGAUUGAAGUCAAAUAAAGAAGAAGAAAGAAGCAGAUAUGCCACGGAGUUGAGAAACUACUUGGAUACCAUUGCUCGUGAUCUACUGCCCGAACAAUUGAAUAGAUACAAUAAUGAUAUCAACAAGACAAUCUUUGAGUUACUCCACAGUAAAGAUACGCUUGAGAAGUUGGGAGGCAUUGCAGCUUUGAAUGCAUUGAUUGACUUUGAUUCUGGAGUGGGAGAGGAGAAUGCCACCAAGACUGCUCGGUUCUCCAACUAUUUGGGGUCAUUGAUCUUGUCGAAUGAUUUGACCAUCAUGAAACAAGCCACCAAGACUUUGGGGAAAUUGGCCACUCCAGGUGGAACAUUAACGGGAGAUUUUGUUGAUUUCGAAGCUCAAAGAGCAAUAGAAUGGUUACAAUCUGAUACUAGGCAACAUGAAAAUAGAAGACAUGCAGCUAUCCUUAUAAUAACUGCGUUGGCUGAGAAUUCUCCAAUGCUAUUAUUCCCCUAUAUAAACCAGAUUUUAGAACAUUUAUGGAUUGCUUUAAGAGAUCAUAAGGUCACCAUAAGAGAAGAUGCAGCUGUCACCUUACAAAAAUGCAUUUCCAUUAUUUACGAUAGAGAUGCAGAGUUAAGACGUACAUGGAUGAAAAAUCUAAUAGAUAUGGCUUCGAAGAUCUCCAGAGAACAUACAGAAGAUUCUACAGAGGUAAUUCAUGGUUCAUUGUUGAUUUAUCGUGAACUUCUACGUUAUCAUAAGGAUCCGUAUAUUAAAUCCAAGUUUGAUCGGAUAUUUGAAAACACAAUUGUCUAUAAAGAUUAUAGAUUGGCAAUUAUUAGACAAGAACUAACAAAUAUCUUCCCCUUACUUUGUCGGGUUGAUUCCGAUGCAUUUGUGGAGAAAUAUUUGCAUAAAACAUUAUUUUAUUAUUUGAACCAUUUAAAGGCAUUGAAAAAGCAAAGAAGCGAAACGGCUAUUUCCGAUAGAAUAGCCAUUUUCACCAGUAUUGGGUUGAUAGCCUUAGAAGUGGGGAAUCAUAUGGCUACUUAUUUAGAUGCUAUCUUGGAUAACAUAAGAGAGGGAUUACAAUUGGAUUCUCAAGGUACUUUCACUCUUGCUGAUGGUACUGUUGCAAAUGCUACCAAGUUUAAAGCGGGGAGAAGAGAAUCCGAACCCGCUAUUUUCGACUGUAUUGGGAAAUUAGCAGUGGCUGUGGGUCCAGCAUUAACUGAGCAUUUAAGAAGAGAUAUUCUAGAUAUGAUGUUUAAUAAUUGUUCAUUAUCCCCUCAUAUGCAAGAUGUUCUUCAAAAGCUUAUCACAUAUAUUCCAUCUUUGGCUAAUCUUAUUCAAGUUAAAUUGUUGAAUAUCUUAAGUUUGGUCUUAGCAGGAAGGAAGUUCCAACCUCCAGGGUCUCCUUAUGGAGUAAUUAAAAUGAAUGAAAAUCAGGCGAAAGAAUACAGACAAAUCAUGAUACAAAGAGAUAGCAAUACCACCCCAUCAAAUCCAGAUUAUGAAAUCUACGAUAGUGCUGUUUUAGUCCAAGCUUUGAAGAUGCUUGCGUUCUUCAACUUUGAAGAGUUUCAAUUGAAUGAAUUUGUUAGAUAUUGCACUAUAAACUAUUUGGAACACAAUAACCCCAAAGUCAGGCAAGCAGCAACGGUUACAUCUUGUCAAAUCUUUGUUAAAGAUCCCAUUUGCCAACAAACAAGUGUCAAUGCUCUUAAUGCCGUUAAUGAUGUGUUGGAGAAAAUAUUGACCGUAUCAAUUACAGAUCCUGUCCCUGAACUUAGAUUAGAAGGCUUAAAUUGUUUAGCCAAGGGUGGGAACUUUGAUCCUCAAUUAUCCCAAUCAAGCAAUGUGAAACUUCUUUUCAUUGCAUUAAAUGAUGAGAUCUUCAAUGUUAGAAAAAUAGCCAUUGAAAUAUUGGGAAGACUCUCAAGUAUAAACCCAGCUUAUAUUGUUCCAUCAUUGCGUAAGACAUUGAUCCAACUUCUUUCACGAUUGGAACAUUCAGCCACUAGAAGAAGAAAGGAAGAAAGUGCAAUUUUACUUUCAUUACUUAUUGCAAACUCUAAGGAACUUACAAGACCCUAUGUGAAACCAAUAGUGGAGGCAUUACUCCCACGGAUGAAAGAUUCCAAUUCCCCCGUGGCUGCUGGUGCAAUAGCAUGUUUGGGAGAAUUAGCAGUGGUUGGAGGUGAAGAUUUGAAACCAUUUAUUCAUGAAUUAAUGCCUAUAAUUUUAGAUACGUUCCAAGAUCAAAGUUCUUCCGCUAAACGUGAUGCUGCAUUGAAGACAUUGGGACAAUUGGCUAGUUCGUCUGGUUACGUUAUUCAGCCCUUAUUAGAUUAUCCACAACUUUUGGGAAUGCUUGUUGGCAUUUUGAAGCUGGAAACUUCCCCUGACAUAAGACGUGAAGCAGUUAGAUUAAUGGGUAUUUUGGGAGCUUUGGAUCCAUACAAGCAUCGUGAAGUUGAACAAAGUUCCAAAAGUAUCCCUGUUGAGCAAAAUGCUCCUUCAAUUGACGUCUUGCUUUUAAUGCAAGGAAUGUCACCAUCCAAUGAAGAAUAUUAUCCUACAGUUGCCAUUAAUAAUUUGAUGAAAAUAUUAAAAGAUCCUUCGUUACAUGCUCAUCAUAAUAAAGUCAUUCAAGCUGUUAUGUACAUAUUCCAAACCUUGGGAUUGAGAGCAGUGGCAUUUCUUCCUCAGAUUGUGCCUGGAAUAAUCAAUGUCAUGCACACUUGCAAGUCAUCGAUGCUUAAAUUUUAUUUCCAACAACUUGGAGGGUUGAUAAUGAUUGUGAAACAGCACAUUCGUCCUUUUUUGGAUCAGAUAUUUGAUGUUAUACUGGAAUUCUUUAAUGCCAAUAACCAAUUGAAUAUUCAGGUGAUAAUUAUCAAUUUAAUUGAAUCAAUUUCCAGGGCUUUGGAUGGUGAGUUCAAAAUGUACUUGCCUAGAAUUCUUAGCUUGAUAUUGAAUGUGUUUGAAGAAGAUAAAUCUGCUAAAAAGGAACCUUCAUUGCAUGUAUUGAAGACAUUUGUUGUUUUUGGUAGUAAUAUUGAAGAGUACAUUCACAUUAUUGUUCCUACCAUAGUGAAGAUGUUUGAAACCGGCCCUAUACUAUUAAGGAAAGCAGCUAUUGAAACCAUUGGUCGAUUAUCUAAAAACGUUCUUCUUAAUGAUAUGGCUUCAAGAAUAGUUCAUCCUAUCAUUAGAGUUUUAAGACAAGAUAAUGAUGAAUUAAAGAUCUCUGCCAUGAACACAUUAUGUUAUUUAUUAUUGCAAUUGGGAACGGAAUUCAAUGUAUUUGUCCCCGUCAUUAAAAAGGUAGUCAUUGAACAGAAGAUCCAUUCACCGGUUUUUGAACAAUUAGUUUCCAAAUUAGCCAGUGGUGAUCCACUUCCAACACAUUUAGGCAUCUAUAAGGACUAUGAUAUCCAUCUGAACAAUUUUGAUAUCCCAGACAUCGAUAUGCCAUCCAAGAAGUUGCCUGUUAAUCAGGCAGCGUUAAAAGCUGCUUGGGAUACUAACCAAAGACGUACUAGAGAUGAUUGGCAGGAGUGGAUAUCCAGAUUGAGUAAAGAACUCUUGAAACAAUCACCUUCUCAUGCAAUUAGAGCAUGUGCUGGCUUAGCAUCUGAUUAUUAUCCAUUAGCUAAAGAUCUCUUCAACGCUAGUUUUGCUAGUUGUUGGAGUGAAUUAUAUUCUCAACAUCAAGAAGAAUUGGUUGAAUCCUUCUGUAUUGCUUUAUCUUCACCCAAUAAUCCACCUGAAAUCCAUCAAAUCUUGUUGAAUCUUGCAGAGUUUAUGGAACACGACGAUAAAUCUUUACCAAUUGCCAUUUCCACUUUGGGACAAUAUGCCCAAAGAUGUCAUGCCUAUGCUAAAGCACUUCAUUAUAAAGAGCUUGAAUUCUAUGAAGAGCCCAGCACUCCAACAAUAGAAGCAUUGAUCAGUAUCAAUAAUCAACUUCAACAGUCAGAUGCAGCCGUGGGUAUCUUGAAACAUGCCCAGUUACAUCAUGAUCUACCAUUAAAGGAAACCUGGCACGAGAAAUUACACCGUUGGGAAGAUGCAUUGAGAGCGUACAAUUUCAGAGAAAAGACUGAACCCGACAACAUGGAAGUGGUUAUGGGUAAAAUGAGAUGUUUACAUGCUUUGGGCGAAUGGGAACAAUUAUCCGAACUUGCACAGAGGAAAUGGAAUACUUCUUCGAACGAAGUCAAGAGAAGUGUGGCUCCAUUGGCAGCAGCAGCUGCCUGGGGUUUGGGUCAAUGGGAUAGAAUGGAUACUUAUAUUCAAGUGGUCAAGCCCGACUCUCCUGAUAGAGCAUUCUUCAAUGCCAUUCUUUGUUUGCAUAGGAACAAUUUUGAAGAGGCAUCUUCUCAAAUCUUGAAGGCUAGAGAUCUACUUGUCACUGAGAUUACUGCUUUGGUGAGUGAAAGUUAUAAUAGAGCUUAUGGAGUUGUUGUUAGAAUCCAAAUGUUGGCCGAAUUGGAGGAGAUCAUCAAAUACAAGUGUCUGCCCCAAGGGUCGGAGAAACGGAUGAUUAUGAGAAAGACUUGGAAUACAAGAUUAUUAGGAUGUCAAAGAAACGUUGAUAUUUGGCAGAGAAUGUUAAAAGUUAGAGCUUUAGUGAUAAGACCAAAGCAAGAUAUGGAAAUGUGGCUUAAGUUUGCCAACUUGUGUCGUAAGUCUGGAAGACUUAAUUUGUGUGAGAAAUCAUUGAGUAAUUUAUUAGAAGGUGGCUCAUCUGAAACUACAAGAGCUCCUCCUCAAGUUGUUUAUGUCCAAUUGAAAUAUAUGUGGGCCAAAGGUGAACAAAAGGAAGCAUUACGACAUUUGGUUGACUUUACCACCAGAAUGUCUCAAGAUUUAGGGUUAAACCCUAAUGAUUUGAUAACACAACCUUUACCAACAGAAGGGCCAGGAAUCUUGAAACAUGCUGAAGAAUAUACCAAACUUUUGGCCAGAUGCUUCUUGAAACAAGGGGAAUGGCAGAUCUCUUUGAAUGCCAAUUGGAGAACAGAAACUUCAGAAAUCAUUUUGGGUGCUUAUUUAUUGGCUACUCAUUUUGAUAACAAAUGGUAUAAGGCCUGGCACAAUUGGGCAUUAGCCAACUUUGAGGUGAUCUCACUCUACACUCAGAACAAACAGAGUGACAUUAUGGAACAGAAUAAUCAAGUGAAAAUUAAAGAGGAGGAUGGAGAUCCAAAUAAGCAACAAGGUAUUCAGAAACAACCCACUGCUAUCCCUAUGGAAGUAGUUCAAAGACAUGUUGUCCCGUCCAUUAAGGGUUUUUUCCAUUCGAUUGCCUUAUCCAAUUCCAAUUCAUUACAAGACACUUUACGGUUGUUAACGUUAUGGUUCAAGUUUGGUGGCAUUCCAGAACCAGCACAAGCCAUUACCGAGGGGUUCAAUAUGGUGAAGAUCGAUAAUUGGUUGGAAGUGGUACCUCAAUUGAUUUCUCGUAUUCACCAACCUAACCGUACUGUUAGUAUCUCAUUAUUGGGUUUACUUGCUGAUUUGGGUAAAGCUCAUCCUCAAGCCUUGGUAUAUCCCUUAGCUGUUGCGGUUACUUCUGAAUCUGUUAAUAGAAAACGUGCUGCCUUGUCUAUUAUUGAGAAGAUGAGAGUUCAUUCUGAGGUUUUGGUUGACCAAGCAGAUUUGGUCAGUCAUGAAUUGAUUAGAGCUGCAGUCUUAUGGCACGAACAAUGGCAUGAUGGAUUAGAAGAUGCUUCUCGACUUUUCUUUGGUGAAAGAAACACUGAUAAAAUGUUUGAAGUGUUGGAACCAUUACAUAAGAUGCUUCAAAAUGGUCCAGAAACAAUGAGAGAAUCUUCCUUUAACAAUGCCUUUGGAAGAGAAUUAGCGGAUGCUCAUGAAUGGGUAUUAAACUUCCGUCGUACAAAAGAUAUCACCAAUUUGAACCAAGCUUGGGAUAUUUAUUAUAAUGUCUUCCGGAGAAUUAAUCGUCAAUUACCUCAAUUGCAAAGUCUUGAUUUACAUUAUGUUUCACCAAAAUUGGAAGAAGCUAGUAACUUAGAACUUGCUGUACCUGGUACUUAUAAGCCCAACAAGCCUAUUAUUCGAAUCACCAAGUUUGACUCCACGUUCUCCGUCAUCCUGUCCAAACAAAGACCCAGAAAGGUAUCAUGUCGUGGGAAUGAUGGUAAAGAUUAUCAAUAUGUAUUGAAGGGACAUGAAGAUAUCAGACAAGAUAAUUUGGUUAUGCAAUUAUUUGGGUUGGUUAAUACGCUUUUACUUAAUGAUCCUGAAUGUUUUAAGAGACAUUUGGAUAUUCAAAGGUAUCCUGCUAUCCCCUUAUCCCCGAAAGUUGGUUUAUUGGGUUGGGUUCCUAACAGUGAUACUUUCCACGUAUUGAUUAGAGAAUAUAGAGAGUCUCGGAAGAUUCUUUUGAACAUUGAGCAUCGGAUCAUGUUACAAAUGGCUCCAGAUUAUGAUGUCUUAACGUUACUUCAAAAGAUUGAAGUUUUCACUGGAGCUCUUGAUAAUACUCGUGGCCAGGACUUGUAUAAAGUGUUAUGGCUUAAAUCCAAGUCAUCAGAAACUUGGUUAGACCGUCGUACCACAUAUACCAGAUCAUUGGCGGUGAUGUCUAUGGUUGGGUAUAUUUUGGGAUUAGGAGAUAGACAUCCUUCCAAUCUUAUGCUUGAUAGAAUCACUGGUAAAGUUGUUCAUAUCGAUUUUGGUGAUUGUUUUGAAGCAGCCAUUCUUCGGGAGAAAUACCCUGAAAAGGUGCCCUUCAGAUUGACUCGGAUGCUUAAUUAUGCUAUGGAAGUUAGUGGGAUUGAAGGUUCUUUUAGAAUUACAUGUGAGCAUGUCAUGAGAGUGUUGCGAGCCAAUAAGGAAUCAUUAAUGGCCAUUUUGGAAGCGUUUGCAUAUGAUCCAUUGAUCAAUUGGGGAUUUGAUUUCCCUACUAGAGCAAUAGCUGAAGCCACCGGGAUCAAGGUAUCUCAUGUUAAUACAGCUGAAUUGUUAAGAAGAGGAGAAAUCGAUGAUUAUGAAGCAGCCAGGUUAACCAAACAAAAUGAUCUUGAAAUUAGAAAUGCCAGAGCUGCUUUAGUGCUUAAGAGAAUUACAGAUAAGUUGGUUGGCAAUGAUAUCAAGAGAAUGAAAGAUUUAGACAUUCAUACUCAAGUCGACCGACUUAUUCAACAAGCUACAUCUGUUGAGAACUUGUGUCAACAUUAUAUUGGAUGGUGUUCAUUCUGGUAA